CACAAUGUCUCAUGUGCAAACUCCACGUAGGCAAAGCUGACAGUUCUUGGUACUUGAAAUAACUUUGCUCAACUCUAAAAAUGACACUUUAGAACCAGGGCUGCUGCCUACAGCACCUUUGACUGCACAAAAAUGCAUUGCAGUUGCCUUGGAAAGUCUACGGAGGAACAGGAGAAGCGUGUUGUAAACAUCAACACCGGCCAACAUGAUAGAAGUUAUGCCGGCAACGCUACCACCACGACAAAAUACAAUAUAUGGACUUUCCUGCCAAAGGCCUUGUUCGAACAGUACAGGCGCGUGGCGAACAUCUACUUCACAAUUGUGGCUGCUCUGUCGCUGACUCCAUACACACCUGUGCGGGCCUGGACGACAUGGACGCCCCUUGUCAUUGUCCUUGGUGUCGCUAUGAUCAAAGAGGCCGUCGAAGACUACAAGCGGCACAAACUGGACAAGGAAAUCAACAACCGCCCGGUUCAGGUGUUGGACCCGCAGCAGGGCCAGUACGUGACUCGCACGUGGAAAGAUGUUCGCGUGGGGGACAUCGUCGCCGUUACGAAGGAUCAACAGUUCCCGGCGGACCUGCUCUUCCUCACCUCGGAGACGGAGGAGGGCACAUGUUACAUUGAGACCAUGAACCUGGACGGCGAGACGAAUUUGAAGAUAAAGAAGGCCCCCGACGAGACUAAGGAUCUGGGCCAGCAGGAUUUUGCGCAGUUCCGGACAGCGGCGAUAGAAUGCGAGGGCCCUAAUGCACGUCUGUACCAGUUCACUGGGAACCUCCUGCUGGAUGGCAAAACACUGCCCAUCAGCCCAGCCGCUAUCCUGCUGCGCGGAUGCAACUUGCGCAACACGGAUAAGGUCGUGGGGGCCGUGAUCUAUGCGGGCCACGAGACGAAGAUCUUUAAGAACUCGGCGCCGGCGCCCUCCAAGCGCAGCCACGUGGAGCGCAUGGUGGACAAGAUCAUUUUCUUCAUGUUCUUCCUGCUCUUCUCGUUCUGCAUUUGCGGCGCGGUUUACUUCGCAAUCUGGACGCGGGACAAGUCCCCUAAGCACUGGUACCUGGCGCCCAACCAACCCAAGGACCAGUAUAACCCGGUGAAGCCCUCGUUUGUGGGCUUUGCCUCCUUCAUCACGUCCUUCAUCCUCUACGGCUACCUCAUCCCAAUCUCCCUUUACGUGUCCAUGGAGCUCGUUAAGAUUGCGCAGUCCAUGGGCUUCAUUAACAAUGACCGCGACAUGUACCACGCUGAGACGGACACGCCCGCGCUGGCCCGCACCUCCAACCUGAACGAGGAGCUCGGCAUGGUGAACACGAUCCUGUCCGAUAAGACCGGAACUCUAACGCGCAAUGUAAUGGAGUUCUUCAAGUGCUCCAUCGCGGGCGUGGCCUACGGCGCCGGUAUCACGGAGAUUGAAAAAGCCAACGCGCUAAGGAAGGGUGUGGUGCUGGACGAGCGCGAGCGCCCCGAGGCUACCAAGUGCCGCGAGCGCUUCUUCAACUUCUAUGACGACCGCCUGAUGGGAGACGCGUGGUACAGCGCGCAUGACCCUGCCACCGUCGAGAUGUUCUUCCGGCUGCUGGCCGUGUGCCACACCGUCAUCCCAGAUGGCCCUCCGGAACCGGCCACCAUCAAGUACGAGGCUGAGUCACCUGACGAGGCUGCGCUGGUGGUAGCUGCCAAGGCGUUUGGCUUCUUCUUCUUCAAGCGCACCAACACCACCGUGACGGUACGUGAGCGCACGGCGCGGGGCGAAGCGGAUGUGGAGUACGAGGUGCUCAACAUCCUCGAAUUCAACUCUACCCGCAAGCGCAUGAGCGUGGUCAUCAAGGACAAGGCGACGGACAAGAUCCUGAUCUUCACCAAGGGUGCCGACACGGUGAUCUACGAGCGGCUGGACCCGGGGUAUGGGCCCAAUGAGGCCAUGAAGGAGUCCACCACGCGCCACAUGGAGGAGUUCGGAUCGGCCGGGCUGCGCACGCUGUGCCUGUCGUAUGCUGAGGUGGAUCCCGAAUGGUACAACAGGGAGUGGCUGCCCGAGUGGGUGGCGGCCAAGACUUCCCUGGACAAGCGCGAUGAGAAGGUGAUGGACGUGAGCGAGAAGAUUGAGCGCAACCUGCGGCUGCUGGGUUGCACUGCGAUCGAGGACAAGCUGCAAGAGGGCGUGCCGGAGUGCAUUCGGCAGCUGGCGCUAGCGGGAAUCCGGAUCUGGGUGCUGACGGGUGACAAGAUGGAGACGGCCAUCAACAUCGGCUUCGCCUGCUCGCUGCUGCGCGAGGACAUGCUGCAGUCCACCAUCAGCGUCUACGGUGUGGAGGAGGUUGAACAGGCGGAGCAACGGGGUGACAAGGAGGCGGCCGACCGGUUGGCGCACGCUGCAGUUGCAAAGUCGUUAGCAACGAUAGAGAAGACCAUGGCGGACAAGCCAGCUGGCACGCAGUUUGCUAUCAUCAUUGACGGCAAGGCCCUAGCCUACGCUCUGUCCAAGGACCUUGCCCCCGCCUUUCUGCGCGUUGGGCUGCGCUGCAAGGCGGUGGUGUGCUGCCGCGUGUCGCCGCUGCAGAAGGCCCAAGUGACGAAGCUAGUCCGCAGUCACGGUGACACAACGCUUGCCAUCGGCGACGGGGCCAACGACGUGGGCAUGAUCCAAAGCGCGCACAUCGGCGUCGGCAUCAGCGGACAGGAGGGCAUGCAGGCCGUCAUGUCUUCGGACUUUGCCAUCGCGCAGUUCCGCUACCUGGUGCCCCUGCUGCUUGUGCACGGCCGCUACAGCUACAAGCGCAUCACGCGCAUGGUGCUGUUCUUCUUCUACAAGAACAUGCUCUUCGGUGUGACCAUCUUCACCUUUAACGCAUUUAACGUGUUCUCGGGCCAGUUCAUCUACAAUGACUUCUAUAUGACCCUCUUUAACGUCGUGUUCACGGCUCUGACGCCGGUGGUCAUCGGCAUCUUCGACCGCGACGUCGACAAGGCCAUGGCGCUCAAGUACCCGGGGCUGUACAUGCAGGGUCAGCGCAAUCAAUACUUCAAUUUCCGCGCCAUCGCACUGUGGCUCCUGUCGUCGAUGUAUCAAUGCGCGGUCAUUAUGGCCUUCGUCCUACUGGGCUGCCGGUCCAUCUAUGCAGACCGUGCAAACGGCAACCCGUACACCAUGUGGCAGACGGGCGUCCUGAUGUUUUCGUGCGUCGUGGUGACGGUGCACUUCCAGGUCGUGCAGAUUACGGACCAAUGGACUUGGGCGCACCACGUUUCCAUUUGGCUCAGCCAGGCCGUUUGGUGGCUGUAUCUUUUGGCCUACGGCGGCUUUCCUCUCUACUUCAGCACGGACCUGUACGACUUGUUCAUAGGCGUCGUGGCACCCUCAGCACAAUACUGGUUGUACGUGCUGCUGGUGCCGAUGGCCUGCCAGCUCCCAGACUUCUUCCUCCGCAUGGCCAAGAAGUUGGUGUCCCCUGAGGACCACCAGGUCGUGCAAGAGAUUCAGAAGAAGCUGGUGAUGGAGGGGCGAUCGCUGGCGGAUGAGCGCGGCCAGGAGCCGCCUACCAUCCUGGGGAGCAUCUUCAGUGGCAAGCCCAAUAGGAACAUGGGUUUCGUUCCGCCGUACGAUCCGCGUUCAAAGUUUUACGGCCUUGUCAGCUCUGGUGCGCGCAACUCUGGCCGCAUAGACACCGGGGCACGAAGCCCCGUGUUGCAGCACCUGGACCAGGAGCUUACGGACAACCCCUACCGGAGCAAGAAGAAGGCUACGCUACCGGGGAUUGGGCCCAAGGUGCGAUCACCCAAGGUGGCGGCGCCCCCCAUGACGAGUUUCACCAACUAUUUGCCUGUGGCGGAGGCCGUGCAAGCAGAUAUGCCUUCGAAGCUGGCAAACUUCCCGACGAUGGCGGGAGGUUCACCGACGGCAGCGGGGGUAUCAGUCGCGCCGGUGACCGUGCCGCCUUCAGCGGCGUCACCGGCAAAGAGCUGCACACCGCCGCCGCCCGCUUUGCUGGCCCCACCGGAAAACGGCUUGGGCCUUGGGGCCGGUGCUUCACGCGCGCCAGCGCGCCUGCCGCCCAUGGGCACCCCGCCUGCAGGGCUCACAAGUGCGGACGCCAUGCCAUCGAACACGAGCGCAAGCAGCGACGCACCAGCGCAUAGCAGCGUCCCCCUGCCGCCGAUGCCGAAAGCAGCGCUCUCGCCAGUACCGCCUCGCUCGAAGUUGCCGCCGCUGAACCACAGCCCUAGCAGCAUGGCGGCGGCUGGAGCUCCUGGAGCCAUUGGCAGCCCGGGCAACGGCCCUUCGGCGAGCCCCUCUGUUGUUGCCCAACAAGAGCGGGAGCUCUUGUCCCCGCGUGCCUCCGCCCUGCAGCGCUGAGAUGGCGUGUCUGUCGCUCGUCCUGGUCAGCCUGGGUCACAGUAUUCUUUCCUGAUAGUUACGCAAGUUCGGCUGGAGCAUGCGUGCAACCUAGGCUUGACGUAUUAGUGCUUGAGUAGUCAUCGUGACCGCAUGAAUGCAGACAUUCUGCAUCUCCAUCAUGGCCUGGAAUUUGAGCAUCUGAGCUAAUCGUGAGCGUAUGUGUAUUAUGGGGUGUGACAGUUACCCACCCUGAUACAGAUUCAGAUUGACACAGCUACAUGCACAGUCAAGGAAUUUUAUGCAUGAUGUGCUCCUGCUCUCAUGCUGAGCUGCUGAUGGGUGUUUAUAAUUACAUUCCUGCGUCAAGUGUCGAGAGGGAGCUGCUUUUGCCGUGUGCUCUGUAGAGACUCUUAACACAGGGUGGUACUAGCCACGCUUGACGUACUUUGCCAACCACGUAAAUACAUGUCGCAGGACGUGAACACUUAGGACUCUGGGGAGAACGCAUUUGCGGGCUUAAGGGUACCAAAAUGAUGAAAGCUACUUUGCAGAGGAGCGUGACAGUAAGGGCAGCACCACGAUCACUGUGGGCCUUUUCGGUGUGUCUCGUGGUUUUUUCGUGGAAGGGGUCUUCUCGUGUGCUCGACAGGUAUGGAUGCAGGAAAACUGUUCCAUGUGUAGGGCCAUAUGUCCUUAAGGUAGGAUGCCAGAGGCGUUGCUUAUGUUUUUGCCGCAUGCGUGGACAAAGCUUUGUGCGGCAGUUCGUGUAACUUGGAAGGGUA